AUGGAAACAACACCCAGCCGAUUAGCUUGCAAGUUCGUCCUACUGUCAAUCUGCAUCUACCACGCCUCCGCCGAAUCGAGCAUCGAGAAUGCGGAAUCAAUUUCGGAGACGGGAGCACCCGGGGAAAAUAUUGAGCUGACCACGAUCGCGCAGACUAUCAGACGAAGCAGAGCCUACAGACGUGGUUACAAUGCCAGAGGGGACAACAAUGAUUACCAAGACGAUCAUUACAAUGAUAAUAUGGACGAUCACCCGGACGAUGAGGACGAUCAUGGUCACACGAAGGCGAUAAGUCAGCCUAAGGUCGAUUACUGGGCCGGUUACUACGAUUUUCUCAUCAAUGAAGGGAGCUACAAAUUUUGGGCCGUUUUUCAGCUCGCCACCGCAGCCUUGCUAAUCUACAGCAGUUUCGCGGCUCUUUACUACGCGAAAGUGAAUCCGCCGACCACAGACGACGAUUUCGACGAUAUAUUUCGCCGGCGACGACGACGACGACGAAGGAGACGCCGUUCGCUUCCCCUCGCGGCGCGCGACAGGCCUUUUGUCGGAUUGGACGCCGUCACGUUUCAGAGGAUAGUCGAAGCCGCAGACGCCGAGCGAGCGCGUUGAUUUUAUUAUGGUCGUUUCUUUAACAGAAGCGUGAAAGGACUUGAUACGAGGACGGUAAAUCGAAGUAGAUCAGCGAACGAUCAAACAUUGAAGCGUUUCAACGAGCACUCGGAAAUAUAUUAUUUACAUAUUCGGGUGUUAUUUUGCCAUUUGCAUAUUCGUCUUUCAUUGAAACGGAAAGCUGUACUUUGGAAGAAAACGGAUCGAUGUCCAAAAUAUCAAAGCUGGUGAUAAGAGCUGAGAUCGCUGCUUUUUAAAGUACAGAAUUAAUCCAACUGUUCUUCAAAAAGGAAAGACUGCUUUUAACCCUUAAGUGAUGUGGCAAAAUGCAAAUCAUAUCAUGAUUAACUUAAGGAAAUUAAUUAAUUAUUUCGAACAUGAAAUUAUAAUUCGAUAUACUUUCUACAUUUUAUUUUUAUUUGUAUCUUAUAUGUUUCAUGCACUUCAUCUUUCGUAUAUUUCAUUAUUUUUCUAAAUUUGUGUAGCUUUUACAACCAAACAUGUUUCAGAUCGAAGAUAAAAAGUUCUUUUAAACGCAAUAAACGUGUGGUUCAAGCGGUAUUUCCGCUUAUAUUGCAUUAAUUAAGGGUUAAUCGACAGAAAAUCGGAAAGAGACACGACGUAGUUGUUAUCGAUUAAGUAAUUUUGAAAGUUACUAGACGAACUAGAGUGUAUAUAGUUUCACGUGUGUGUGCGGCGUGUGUGUUCGUGAUUAAUUAGUAAUCGCGGAGUACGACUUGUGUUUACAUUUGCGGCUUGAGGUAUCUACGAAGUAAGAUGUGUGCAAUCAAAAGAGAGCCGAGAGGGUUAAUCGGACGGAAAGUAAUGAGAGCGAAGGAACAAAUGGGCCGCGGUUGGUGGGCAUUUCUCGCUUUGAAAGGUGGCCGAGGCUCGAGCGAACGACUUUUGGCGACGGCUCGAGUGUGUCACGCUCAGCUCGGCCAGAGCGACCACGAGCCGAAGGGCCGACCGUGCGCGCGGCGGUGAUCGGUAAAUAUAUGCGUGCGACGGGAUCAAAACGUAAUAAAAAUCUCCCGAAAAAAUGUCGACCGAUAAAUCAAGCGUGGCGCGGCGAACCGCAGCGUGGCGCGGCGAACCGCAGCGUGGACCGUCGCACGAUGCGAUGCGAUGCGGUGCGGUACGAUGCCAUGCCAUGCCAUGCGAUGCGCCUCACCUUACACGCAAACGCGUACGCAUAUAUACAUAUAUAUUUUUUUUAUACAUAGCUACACAUAUACACGCGUACAUUCGCAAUGCGCGGCGCGAUACGCGCGCAUCGAAGCUCAGAGGCAAAUUUCCUUGUCGAACGACGCAACGUAACGAGAGACCCUCGAGCGACUUUUCGGAGUGUCAGGGGCGUAUGUGUGCUGUAUCACUCGAUCUGCCGAAUCUGCUGCUGAACGGUGCGACCUGAGGGAAAUGUUCGACUGUCGACAUAAGUACGGCCGACGAGACAUCGACUCUUCCGUCUGUAUUUCCGGCGGGCAGCAAGAGGAUGAGAGAAAUGGAGGAAAUUGGACGGAAAGCGCGAGCGGACCGCGCGAUACGGCCCUGCGAGGAUCACCUACAGCAUCUCGCUGAUGCAUUCCGCCACGUAGUCAGCUGCGAGGUAUACCUUAAGAGCGAGCACGACGAUCUUACGACGGCCGGGCACCGGGUGCCCGGUCCCAUCCACCCGAGAGCUACCAUUUCGGAGGGGUGAGCACCGUGGGCCCCCGUUCGUUCCUCCUUUUUUCCCCCGGUCGGAAAUUUUACAGAUAAAUCUCCGACGACGAAGGGAAACCGGGCGAGGGAUUACGCCCCGCUCCGAAAUCCAGACCGCGGGCGAUAAAAAGUGUUAUUUACAGCUCUCGGUACCGGCGUGCAUGCAUGCGUCGAUCGAUAAUUCCCCCCGCUCUCGGCCGCCCGCUACGCGCCGCUCCCGCGAGCGAGUGGAAUAAUAAUACGCGAUAAUGAUAGUGCCGCUAACCGGCGCGCCAGCGUCACAACGGACGUGCUCCCCGCGUCGGGAAGCGUCGCAGAAUUCCAAUUUCUUGAGACUGCUUCGCUAGGGCGAAAUCAACUAAUGUUAACGUAACGUUCUAGGUUCGACGAUUCAGCUUGCAAAAUCAUCAUGAGUUAAUCCACCCGUCCCCAUUGAGGCUAGAUAGGGCGUUAUCUUUUCAUUUUUCUAGAAAUACUUGUUCACAAUCGUAUAUCGCCGAUACAUUAAGCAAUCCGAAUUCGUAUUAUUUGUUUAGAGUUAGUAUAUAUUGAGAGAAAUAAAUAUUCGUUUCUCAAAGUAAAGUAUGCGAUACAAGGUAAAUGUCCCAAUGAUUGAACUAUAGAAUAAGAGAGUAUGAUCAGUUUCACAUUUUUAUUAAUAAAUAGUUAAUAAUGAAAGUACUAACAGGACUAAUGUCUAUAUAAAACUUUGGUUUAUCAACGAUCGAAAAAUAAUAAGAAAUAAAAUAAUCGAUAAAUAUCGUUUAUAAUUUUAAUGAAACAUCAUAUAGAUAAUGUCGAUUGUGCCAGUAAUUGAAGUGAAAAACUAACUAUAUUCCAAUUACUGAAUAAUACAACUUAAUAAUUGAAUUCUCAUUGAAGAAUCCCAAAUAGAUAAAAAUGUUGAAUAGCAUGUAAAUGUUUACAUAGCAUGUAAACGUAUACUUUAUAAUCCUAUCGUAAGAACACAACGUGUUUAAAAUGCUUGUUUUGAGAAAUACUCAUUUAUUACGCCAUUUAAUCAAAAUAUUUACUCUUUGUUAAUAUAAUCCUUCAAAACAACAAAAUAAGCAGCAAUUUUCAUGGUAUCAGAAUGUCGCUGCAAUUUUUAUGUCAUUGAAUAAGACUUUUUGUAUAUGCUGAAAAAGAGUCUUGUAUGUGUGAAUGCAUUUUUGCACUUGCGCUUGUGCUAAUCACUAAGGAUUGGGAACUCGUUACUUGUAACGAAGUUACAGUUACAUUUUUUCGGUAACUAUAACUUAACUUAGUUAUUUUUUUCCCACCUGUAACUGUAACUUAAUUACUUAUUUUUAGUAACUUGUAACUUUUUU